CGGACAUGAUCAAAGCGGCGGUGUAUUUUGGGCACAUCUCCAUCGGGGAGGUGGAGCUGUGGCCCAAGGGGGAGACGAACCUGGCAGCGGCGCCAUGGGUGCGGGAGAUCCGAGUGGACCGCCUCUCCCCGCCCAGCGAGCGGUGCCCGCCGCUCGCCGUCCUGCAAACCGUGUCCCCGACUGGCCGCUGCCUCGUGAUGGAGUCGAGGCCGACAGCCACAACGGACGAGCCCCCCACGCCGCUUGUCUCCAUGCACACCGCUUGCCUCAGAGACAAUAAGACAGCGGUUUUUCCACUUGGAGCAGAAGAGAUCCAUUUAGUGGCAAUGAAACCCAAGAGUAACUUGCCAAACCAUGCAUGCUUUUGGGGCUAUAAAGUACCGUUAGGCUUGUAUACUUCUUGCUUAAGUAUGUUGAAUCUUCGAUGCCUAGGCAUUGUGUUUGACCUUGAUGAAACACUAGUUGUUGCCAAUACCACACGGUCUUUUGAAGACAGAAUUGAUGCAAUCCAGAGAAAAUUGAGUAAUGAGUCUGAUCCGCAGCGUAUUAGUGGUAUGCUGGCAGAGAUCAAGAGGUACCAAGAUGACAGGUCAAUGCUAAAGCAGUAUAUAGAAAGCGAUCAAGUUAAUGAUGGUGGGAAAGUGUAUAAAGCGCAAUCUGAGGUUGUCCCACCUUUAGCUGAUAGUCAUCAACCUAUGAUACGUCCUAUCAUAAGGCUACAAGAGAAAAGCAUUAUAUUCACACGUAUAAAUCCAUCGAUAAGAGACACCAGUGUUCUGGUAAGAUUAAGGCCUGCUUGGGAUGAUCUUCGGAGCUACUUGAUUGCAAGAGGUCGGAAACGUUUUGAGGUGUAUGUGUGCACUAUGGCUGAGAGAGACUAUGCCUUGGAAAUGUGGAGGUUGCUUGAUCCUGAUUCUAGACUGAUAAACUCUGUUCAACUUCCUCACAGGCUUGUCUGUGUCAAAUCUGGCUCUAGUAAGUCUUUGCUAAACGUAUUCCGUGAUGGAUCUUGCCACCCUGGAAUGGCCCUAGUGAUUGAUGAUCGUCUGAAAGUUUGGGAUGAGAAGGAUCAAUGUCGAGUUCAUGUUGUUCCUGCCUUCUCUCCAUAUUACGCUCCACAGGCAGAGGCAAACUUCCCUAUUCCAGUUCUUUGUGUUGCUAGGAAUGUUGCAUGCAAUGUUCGGGGUGGCUUCUUUAAGGAAUUUGAUGAGGGUCUCCUACCAUGGAUUAGUGAGGUUCAUUUUGAGGACGAAUUAAAUGAUGUCCCUUCCGCUCCUGAUGUUGGUAAUUAUUUGAUUUCAGAGGAUGAAAAUGCUGCAAUUUCGAAUGUGAACAAAGAUCCUCUGGCUUUUGAUGGUAUGGCAGAUGCAGAGGUGAAAAGGAGAAUGAAGGAAGCAGUUAGCAGUGUUCAAGCUGUGGAUCCAAUGACAACAAAUGUUGACAUGAUGUCAGUAGCUGCUAACCAACAAUUCAUUCCAUCUUCAUCUAUUCCGAUAGCACCACCACCCGGGAUGGUGCCUUUGAAUAAUGAUCAAGAUCAUCAGCCUCCUUCAAUCAGCUGGCCAGUUGCUCAAUCUGGUUCUGGAGAUACCUUGCAAGGUUCUCCAGCUAGAGAAGAGGGUGAGGUUCCUGAAUCUGAGUUAGAUCCUGACACAAGGAGAAGGCUUCUCAUAUUACAGCAUGGCCAAGACACAAGAGACCCUUCGCCACCCUUUCCUGCAGAACCUUCUGUACAAGUCUCAGUUCCUCAAGUGCAAUCUCAGGGAAACUGGUUUCCUGUACAGGAUGAAAUGAACCCAAGAAACUUAAAUAGGACCUCAACAGGGUUUCAUUCAGAAUCUGAUGCUGUACAUAGUGAUAAAAAUCAACCACCACAUCAGUCAUACUUACCUGCUGGGGAUAAUCCUAUAUCUUCCGAUAGACUUAACUAUCAGAACCAGAGAUAUCCUUCUCAGCCGCCUCACAGUGAGGAUCAUCAUAUGCUUCAGAACCAGGCACCUACAACCUACAGAUCCUUUUCUGGAGAUGGCAUGGCAACCCAGCAUUUUCAUCCAGGUCACAGAAGCAGCCAAAUGGAGUCAGGGCGUCAAUUUGGACAUUAUACAGAGACAUCUGGUGCGGUGUUGGAGGAGAUUGCAGCAAAGUGUGGAUUUAAGGUGGAGUACCAGUCAACCCUAUGCGAUUCUGCCGAGUUACGAUUCUCCAUUCAGAUUUGGAUUAUUGGAGAAAAAGUUGGUGAAGGAAUGGGAAGAACUAGGAAAGAAGCGCAACGGCAGGCUGCUAAUAUGUCUUUAAGAAAUUUGGCAGAUAAAUUUCUGUCGUUUGAUCCAGAUAAGUUGACAAUUCCGAAGGAUAAUGGUUUUUGUAGCAAUACAACCUCAUUCAAAUAUACAGGAAGUAGUAGAGAUGACAUGUUACCAGUCGCAAGCACUUCGGAUGAGUCUAGAUAUAUGCACGAGAGAGUUUAUAACUCAGUCAAAUCCGCUAGUUCUGUUGCUGCUCUCAAGGAGCUUUGUACAGCUGAGGGGUAUAACUUAGUUUUCCAAGCUCAGCCACCUCCAUCAGAUAGUUCGACAAGGAAAGAAGUUCAUGCUCAGAUCGAGAUAGAUGGGCGAAUCCUGGGUAAAGGAGUUGGAGCAACAUGGGAGGAAGCUAAGCUACAGGCUGCUGAUGGGGCUCUGAAAACGUUGAAAUACAUGCUUGGUCAACUUGCACAGAAACGGUCUGCAUCUCCAAGGACAUUUGCAUCCAAUUUUAGUAAGCGCUUCAAGCCAGAUUUCCAGCCAGCGGUGCAAAGGAUUCCUCCUGGCAGAUAUUCUAGGAGUGACAGUUAUAUUCCUUGAUUGUUUUGUCUGAAUUCUGUGGACAUGGUUCAUCAGCAACUCAAUGCAAUCUGUGGCCUCUGAAGAACUUCCACAAUUGCAAGUCUGUCGGAGAUGGUUGUGAAGGCAAGAAACAACUGUACACGCCAGUACUGUCAUGUUCUGGAUUUCGUCUUCCGCUUGUCUCACUAUCAUUUCCAAGCUAAAUCCAACAGGUGUGUCUUGCACGGAAUUGUCGCAAUGUGCUUCCCGAGUGAGCUCGUGAUGCUGUAAAUAUUAUCUGCCUCAGGCAGGAUGGCAGCUGGUCAAGAGACUUUUUUUUAUAUUAUACAUGAGGUUAGCACCACAUGUUCUGAUGUAAUGGGUGCCCGGUAGUUGAGCACGAUUUGGUCGCUGAUUCUGUUGAGGUGGCUAGUGAUAUUCCUUAUUUGUUUUCAUUAUAGUUUAGACUUCAGGAAGUGAAGUAAUUAAAAUUUCCUUUCUUUUAA